AUGUCACGUAAUCCUGCUGCAGGAUUGGAGAAUACUCUAUUUCAGUUAAAAUUCACUUCAAAACAGUUACAAAAACAGGCCCAAAAGGCUUCCAAGGAAGAGAAACAAGAGUCAAACAAAUUGAAGAAAGCAUUGAAUGAGAGUGAAGAGAUUGCAAGGAUAUAUGCGUCAAAUGCCAUAAGAAAGAAGAAUGAGCGGUUGCAACUCCUAAAAUUGGCCUCAAGAAUUGAUUCAGUUGCUUCCCGUGUGCAAACUGCAGUGACUAUGAGACAAGUAUCCGGAUCCAUGGCUUCUGUCUGUCGUGGUAUGGAUAAGGCUUUGCAAAGUAUGAAUUUGCAACAAAUCACUAUGAUUAUGGAUAAAUUUGAACAACAAUUUGAAGACUUGGACGCAAGUGUCAAUGUGUAUGAAGAAAUGGGGACGAAUUCAGAUGCUGUGAUAGUAGAUGCCGAUAAAGUUGACGAGUUGCUGAACAAAGUGGCAGAUGAGAACGGCCUGGAAUUAAGGCAAAGUGCAAGACUUGAUAAUCUUCCGGAGAUACAGCAACCUGAGGUCAAUGAGGAGAAAGAAGAUAAAUUGGCACAGAGGCUGCGUGUACUACGUGGUUAA